UUGAGAAAACCAUCAAUGAGCCCGUUAUCAUUGAUCAGCGGAGGUCCCCCACUGAGACCCCCUGCCACUGCGGCCACGGCGGCCCCGGCGGCCCCGGAGCACCGCGGAGGCGGGCCACCAAAUUCACCACUCAACAAGAAUGCCCUGGCACUGUCAGGAUCUGGGCCACCAGCACUCACUGUUAUCUUCUGCAACUACUGCGGCCAGCAAGGAAACUUUCGGUGCAACAGCUGCAAGAAGAUUCCUUACUGCUCAGUCGUGUGUCAGAAAGAAGACUGGAAAGCACACAAGCAUCUUGGCAACUCGGAAAGCUCCAAGAAAGUGUAUUUGAAGGACCUGCAGAUCCCUAAAUUUGUUGAAGGAGCUGACGUCCAGGCGUCUGUGUUGGAGUUCUACAGCCCUGGCAGGUUUUUUCUCAUGUUUCAAAGUCCUGAAAUAUUGAAAGCUCUCACAGACAUGAGUACAGAGCUUCAGGGAACGAACAGGUCACCCUCUGUAUCAAACUAUGUGCCCUGUGUUGGGGAGGUCUGUGCUGCUCAGUUUUCCUUGGAUUUGAAGUGGUACCGCGGUCUGAUACAGACUUUGACUCAUGACCAGAAGAUGGCAAAAGUCCUUUACAUCGACUUUGGUAACGAGGAGGACGUCCCAGUGGACAGGAUCAGACCCCUGGCAGCCAAUAUUAAACCACUCAGUCCUUGUGCAAUGGAGUGUUGCAUUGCCGGUGUGGUGCCGGUGGGCGACAAGUGGUCAAGCGAGUGUUGCACAACAGUGAGGGAGAUGAUCGUUGGCAAGAUUGUGACUGCAUGCCUGGUGAAAACACAAGAGCAUGGUCAGAGCUUUGCUGUGGAUAUUCUACUUCCCAUUGAUGCCAUGACGAACGCCUCCUUGGAGAACUUCAGGCGUCUGGCUGAUGGUAAAGACGACAACUCGUGGGCCCAACCACCGGAGCCACUGAGGCAGGCGGUGGGCGACCGCCUGUCUGUUGUUGUCAUCCACUUCCAGUCACCUACUGACUUUAUCGUGCAGAAAGUGGAGAAUGCAAAGUUGAUCCAGGACUUGCAGCUGAAGCUGAGGGAACACUGCAGUCAGGUUGCAGCUCCGAAGAACUUCAGACCGGCUCCCGGCACAGUGUGCUGUGCUCAGUUCACAGAGGACAAGCAGUGGUACAGGGCAACGGUUCUGGCGUAUUCAUCAGAAGAACGCGUCUGCGUCGGCUACAUUGACUUUGGUAACUCGGAGGAUGUGGAUUUAAGCCACCUGUGUCCCAUCAGCGCCGCACUUCUAGAACUUCCAAUGCAAGCUAUACCAUGUGGUCUAGCAGGCGUGCAGCCCAUCGGAGAGAACUGGUCAGAGGAAUGCGUGGUGGCCCUGAGGCUUCUCGUGUCAAACCGGAUAUUGCACGUGGAGAUCCUGGGAGAGCACAAUCGCAAGCUGUUGGUGUCCAUGGUCGACGAGACCAGCGAUCCCCAAGCUAACAUGGCCGAGGUGCUGAUCUCCGCGGGCUACGCAGCAGCUGCUGCUGUCGGGACCAAAAGUGACUCGCCGGCUGAGGCGGCUGCUCCUGCAGCGUCUGUGCAGCCACAAGGGGGAUCUCCUCCGGUGUCUGAGCCUCUGGUUUGGCGCAGUGCUGAGCUUCCCAGUGACGGCCAGACGGUGGCACUGCAGACCACUGUUGUUGAAAACCCCGGAGAGUUUUACUGCCACAUUGACAGUCCUGCAGCCCAGCAGCAGCUCACAGAGCUGGACUCUGAGUUGAAGCUGCACUGUGAAGCCGAUGCCACGUCUUUAGUGCCAAAAGUGGGGGACCCUUGCUGUGCUCUGCACCCUGGUGAAGGAAGGUGGUGCCGGGGCAUGGUGAGGAAAGUGUCUGAAGACUGCGUAACCGUAUACUUUGUGGACGGCGGGCAAACCAUCGAUGUUAAAAUGAGCAAUGUCCGGUCAAUCACCGUCGAGCUCCUGAAGCUGCCCUUCCAGGCAAUCCGCUGCUGGCUCGCAGGUGUGGAGCCCCUGGAAUCAGAAUGGAGCAGUGAAUCCCUGCUCUUUUUCCUGACCCUGGUAGAUGGGCAGCAGCUCUCUGCUCGGGUGCUCUCCGUCACUGAGCAAGGCUGCGGCGUGGAGCUGGAGAGUAAGGGACAGAACGUGGCAGCCGCUCUCAUUUCCGAGCAACUAGCCAGAGUUCCUGGAGAGCUGGCCAAAGAGAAGCACGUGACGACGGGCCAACCAGGUAAAGACGGCGAGAAGGAACCGCGGACGGAAGACGCCUCUAAAAAGCCGUCGGCUGAACAGCUGACUGCGGUUUCAUCAGACGAGCCGUUUUUCCCAGUGGACUGGAAGGCAGUGGAGCUGCCACUCAACAGCAUCUUCAAACCCGGCGUCGCUGCGGCCAUUAACCCCUCCCUGUUCUACGUUCUCAGCCCCAUUCAGGUUGAUGGGGAAAAGGUGAAGGAGUUGAUGGAACAUCUUGCGGCCUACUGCUCCAAACACCAGACGGCUUCAUCUGCGGCUGUGAAGAGCAGGCCUGCUCCUGGGGCUGCCUGCUGCGCCCAGUUCUCUGCAGACAACACCUGGUACCGAGCCGUGGUCCUGGAAGUGGGCGACGCCGAGGCGAAGGUCAUAUACGCCGACUACGGCAACAUGGAGACGGUUCCGUUCUCCAGAAUUCUGCCGAUUCCCCUGCGCCUGCUGCAGCUCCCUUUUCAGAUCACUCGCUGCACCCUCCUCGGCAUGGAGCGCUUUCCGGCAGUGUGGCCCGAAGACGUGACUAAAAUGUUUCAGCGUGCGCUGUCGGACGGGGUCUUUGCGACUGUGCUGUCCUUCGACGGCUCGGCCAACGUGCUCUCUCUCACUCUGCCCACGGAGAGUGGGGGGGUGCAGAUCGCCUCCAUGAUCUUCGAUGCGUUGCAUCCCCAGAACAAGGCCAACGCUCAUCCACCCGCCAACCCGAAAAGCGACCAGACGGGCAGCGGCACGCCCGACCGCGCCGCCGCGGCUCCAGACGGCGCCCCGCUCGGCGCCAUUCCCAAAGUGCGAAUAACAGACCAUCAGACGCCAUGCUGCUGCCCGAGUCUGAAGACACAGAUGGAUCGCCUGGAGCAGCUCAUGCAGUUGCAGCUUUCUCUCAUCAAGCAGAUUGUUGCACAAGCAAAAUAA